UGUUUUCCAGGCAUCGGCUCCGGCCCCGCCCCUACCGCGUCUUUGACACAGUCACGUGAGGGGUGCGCGCGGGGCCUGCCGGGAGUAGUGCUGCCGGCGGGUCAGGGUUCGGCCCAACAUGGCGGUUCCUGUCGGACAGUGACCAAGGCUUUGCCGUCGGGAGGACCGAGUGGCGGUGGUCGGCGUCCCCACCGGCCAGGGUGGGAUGCAAAGCUUCCGGGAGCGCUGAGAGGAGGCGGGGACGGGCCCAGGCCCCGGAAGCCGAAGCAGCGGCGGCUACGCGCAGUCGGCUGCAGGCUCCGGAGUGGGGCCGCACCCGGCCGGGCAGGCGGCGGCGGCGGCGGCGGCUGCGGCAAGCUCGGCUCCGAGGUGGGGCGGAGGCCGGGCGCCGGGCCGCGGCCAUGGCCCAGUGCGUGCAGUCGGUGCAGGAGCUCAUCCCCGACUCCUUCGUUCCCUGCGUCGCCGCGCUGUGCAGCGACGAAGCCGAGCGGCUCACCCGCCUCAACCACCUCAGCUUCGCCGAACUGCUCAAGCCCUUCUCCCGCCUCACUUCCGAAGUUCACAUGAGAGAUCCUAAUAAUCAACUGCAUAUAAUUAAAAAUUUGAAGAUAGCAGUAAGCAACAUUGUCACCCAGCCACCUCAGCCGGGAGCCAUUGGGAAGCUUUUGAAUGAUGUCGUUUCUUGCAGCCAGCCUGCAGAAGGAUCAGUGGCUAAUGUGAUUACAGCGGGGGAUUAUGACCUUAACAUCAGUGAUCGGUCAAUUAAAGCUAGUGUUCCUUGGUACAGUAAUUGGAAAGACACUUUCAUGGAAUUGAAAGAAUCCUCGUUAUAUACAGGUAUUUCUUGUGAUGGGUCUCUUUUUCCAGAUUGUUCUCAUGUUACUCCUUAUCCAGAUUGUUCUCAUGUUACUCCUUAUCCUUAUCUUGCUGUCCCCUUUUCUAGUACUUUUUCAUAUUUGUACCAGUUAAUGUGUCCCUGAUUUUUCUGAUGUGAAAGUGGUCUUGUGGUACUCUUUAAACUUUUACUUGUUCAUCAUCUAUUAUCUAUUUCUUAAAUCCAUACAUUGCUCUGGAAUAGUCUAGUUUGAAUUGCAUCUUCUUUUUAUAAAAAUGAAAAACAUACUCUCCCUUCCUUACUGAGACAAAAUACAUUGUAUAGAGAAAUGCUGGUUUCAGUCUCCCUUUGAAGCUGAGAAUGACCUUGAACUCCUCAUCUCCUGAAUCCCCCCAAGUGCUUGCUUAAGGAAAUAUUCACAGGGUAUCAUGGCUGCUAUUUCACUUGCCAAUAAAAAUAGGAAUAGGAGCAAAAUAGUGAUUUCAUCCCAAACUAUGUACAAGCAUUUUUAAGGUGAAAGAAUGGUCAUUAAGUGUUCAAG